AUGCAGGACAGCCACAUUGUGCUCCUUCUGGCGAAAGCUCCCCUGGUCCCUCUGGAAAUGGCACAACGAAGAAAACUCUUGCUGAAGCUGGUUCUGAUCCAGGGCAGCCAUCUUGCAUACAGUGCUGCCGUGGAGGUGUCUGUGAAAAAGGAUGGCGUCGGCUGCCUCGUUUCCAGCUUGAGAGCUCUAACCCAGGAUGUUGAUAAGUGUCUGGACACCAGAGCUUGUCCUGCAUAUGCAACUUGCAACAACGCUCUUGGAAAAUAUUUUUGCGCCUGCAAAAAGGGAUUUUCCUCGAGCACUGGCGAACAGCAGUUUGUGGGUCAAGGAGUAGAAUGUGAAGAUAUUGAUGAGUGUCUCCAUAGUUCGGCCUGUCCUCAGAAUUCCAACUGUAAAAAUGUCAUGGGAAGUUACACCUGCCGCUGCUGGGCCGGCUUUGUCUUCAAGAACCGCCAGUGUGAAGAUGUUGAUGAGUGUCUGGACACCACAUCUUGUCCCGCAAAUGCAACUUGCAGCAACACUAAUGGAAAAUAUUUUUGCACUUGCAAUAAGGGAUUUGCAUCGAGCAGUGGAGAACAGCAGUUUGUGGGUCAAGGAGUGGAAUGUAAAGAUAUUGAUGAGUGUCUCCGUAGUUCGGCCUGUCCUCAGAAUUCUGACUGUCACAACACUUUGGGAAGUUACUCCUGCACCUGCAGGAACGGCUUUGCUUUCAGGAAUUCGCAGUGUGAAGAUAUUGAUGAGUGUCUGGACAUCACAUCUUGUCCCACAAAUGCAGCUUGCAGCAACACUUAUGGAAAAUAUUUUUGCACUUGCAAUAAAGGAUUUGCAUCAAGCAGUGGAGAGCAGCAGUUUGUGGGUCAAGGAGUGAAAUGUGAAGAUAUUGAUGAGUGUCUCCAUAGUUUGGCCUGUCCUCAGAAUUCUGACUGUCACAACACUUUGGGGAAUUACUCUUGCACCUGCAAGAACGGCUUUGCUUUCAGGAAUUCACAGUGUGAAGAUAUUGAUGAGUGUUUGGAUACCACAUCUUGUCCUGCAAAUGCAGCUUGCAAUAACACUCAUGGAAAGUAUUUUUGCACUUGCAAUAAGGGAUUUGCAUCUAGCAGUGGAGAACAGCGGUUUGUGGGUCAAGGAGUGGAAUGUGAAGAUAUUGAUGAGUGCCUCCAAAGUUCUGCCUGUCUUCAGAAUUCCAACUGCCACAACACAGUGGGGAGUUAUUCCUGCACCUGCAAGGAUGGCUUUGUCUUCAGGAAUUCACAGUGCGAAGAUUUUGAUGAGUGUCUGGACACCACAGCUUGUCCUGCAUAUGCAACUUGCAGCAACACUCAUGGAAAAUAUUUUUGCACUUGCAAAGGGGGAUUUGCAUCGAGCAGUGGAAAACAGCAGUUUGUGGGUCAAGGAGUAGAAUGUAAAGAUAUCGAUGAAUGUUCCUUGGAUCCUGCCCUGUGUGGGCCAAAUGCCAUCUGCAAUAACACCAUAGGGAGGUUCACAUGUAGUUGCGCAGCUGGAUUUCUACCCUCUAAAGAUGGCCCUGGGAGACACGGUGACCCUAGCCACUUGAACUGCACAAGGGCUCCUUUCAAGUGCCAGAUCGACUUUGGGCAGAAAUAUGCCCGGUGCCAAAACCUGUCACUAGGAGAGCAACAUGGAAACUUCUCUGAACAUGCUUCUUUCUGUGCCUUGAUGAAUGCCACAUCCAGUGCUCUUGAAGACACCUGUGGAAAGAAAGUGAACGCCACCGUUUCAUUGGAGAAAACUGCAAGGAAUUUUGGCUCCAUCCUCAAAAAGACUGCUAUUUGGUCCAACCUGAGUAAAGAGGAAGCCUCCGCCACAGCCACUGCCUUUCUGAAGAGUGUAGAGAGUGCCGCACUGGCCACUUUCAACACCCCCUCAGUAAACACCAGCCAGAUUGUGAGAAGCGAAUACCUAGACAUAGAAAGCAAAGUCACCGAAAGAGACUGCAGCAUGGAAAAGGAAAUGUUCAGACUGAAAGCCAAAGGUGAUAUGCUGCAGAUCGACUGUGAGGCGGUCUCUGGGAAAACGUCCCAAGGCCCCAGUGGAGUGACUUUUGUCUCCUUCGUGGGCCUGGAGUCCAUUCUGGAUGAGAGCUUCUUCCACGAGCUACAUGACAGCAGCUCUGCCGACACCAAGAGGCAGGUAAAGAUGAAUUCCCGAGUAGUGGGGGCCACCAUCACCACCCAGAAAAGCAUCAACUUCUCCAAACCGGUCAUCUACAUUUUGGAGAAUAUCGUGCCAAACAUUUACUCAGACCAGUUAAUCUGUGUCUCCUGGGUUUCGGACGGCCAGGUUGGACGGUGGACAUCUGCAGGAUGUAAGCUGGAGGACUCCAAUGUGACACAUUCAGUGUGUAGCUGCAGACACUUGGCCAACCUGGCCAUCAUCAUGGCUUCCGGGGAUAUAACGAUGGACUUGGCCUUAUUUGUGAUCAGCCACGCGGGACUGAUCCUCUCUCUGCUGUGCCUCUGCUUGGCCAUCAUCACUUUUCUCCAGUGCCGCUCCAUCCAGAACCCCAACACCUCCAUCCAUCUGCACCUCUGCGUGUGUCUCUUCCUGGCUGAGCUUCUAUUUCUCACCGGAGUGGACAAGACUGACAACAAGACCUUAUGUGCUGUCAUCGCUGGCCUGCUGCACUACCUCUUCCUGGCUUGCUUCGCCUGGAUGCUGGUGGAGGCCGUGAUGCUUUUUCUCACGGUCCGGAACUUGAAAGUUGUGAACUACUUCAGCUCCCGCAACGUCAAGGUGCUGCACCUCUGCAUCUUCGGCUACGGAUUUCCAGGAGUGAUUGUGGCCGCGGCUGCGGGAAUCCAAUCUAGGGAUUACGGGAUGCACAAUCGCUGCUGGCUGAACACAGAGACAGGGUUCAUCUGGAGUUUCCUGGGGCCUGUUUGCUGCAUUAUUGUGAUCAAUUCAGUCCUUUUUACCUUGACUUUAUGGAUCCUGAGAGAGAAGCUCGCUAGUGUCAACGCGAACGUGUCUACUCUCAGAAACACCAGGGUACUGACAUUGAAAGCCUCCGCUCAGCUCUUCAUUCUGGGCUGCACCUGGAUUUUAGGGAUUUUCCAGUUGGGCCCCGCAGCCAAAAUCAUGGCAUAUUUGUUCACCAUCAUCAACAGCCUGCAGGGAGUGUUCAUAUUCUUCAUUCACUGUGUCCUCAAUCGCCAGGUGAGAGAAGAGUACAGGAGGUGCAUUACAGGGAUUUCAAAACGCAGCACCAAAUCCCAAACUUCUGGAGUUAUGCUGUCAACUGUCACUUACAGCUCCAAAACGGGAGAUUCCCUUGGAGUUUCCUGGAACAAAUCUUAAUGCAAUAACCGGCAGGCACCAGAAUGGAUGGGGCUGUUAUCUCCUUUAACAUCCUGUCCCUGCAGAGUGAGGUGGGAGGUCAAUUUUCUCCUACUGAUAGUCUGGGAAAACCUUGGAGAGCUCGCUUUCUUCCUCACGGGGGGGGGGAAAUCCCACCUAGUUCUCGACGACCCAG